AUGGAGAAUCUGAUAGCAUUGGUCAACAGACUUCAGAGAGCAUGCACCGCGCUCGGCGACCACGGCGACGAGAGCGCGUUGCCCACUCUCUGGGAUGCCCUUCCUUCAAUUGCCGUCGUCGGCGGUCAGAGUUCCGGAAAGUCCUCGGUAUUGGAGAGCAUUGUUGGGAAGGAUUUUUUACCUCGUGGAUCUGGUAUUGUUACUCGACGUCCACUAGUCCUGCAGCUUCAUCGGAUUGAUGAAGGUAGAGAAUAUGGAGAGUUUGGACAUCUUCCUAGGAAGAAAUUCUCUGAUUUUGCUGCUGUGAGAAAGGAGAUCGGUGACGAGACUGAUCGAGAGACAGGGCGUUCCAAACAAAUAUCUACAGUUCCUAUUUAUCUCAGCAUUUAUUCACCUAACGUUGUAAAUCUGACUUUGAUCGAUCUUCCUGGGCUUACGAAAGUGGCUAUUGACGGGCAGUCUGAAAGCAUUGUGAUGGACAUUGAGAACAUGGUGCGAUCUUAUAUUGAAAAGCCCAACUGUAUCAUUCUGGCAGUUUCACCUGCCAACCAAGAUCUUGCAACAUCCGAUGCUAUAAAAAUUUCUCGUGAAGUGGAUCCAAAAGGAGAGAGAACCUUUGGAGUAUUGACAAAGAUUGAUCUCAUGGACAAGGGUACAGAUGCUGUGGAUAUUCUGGAGGGAAAAUCAUAUAAGCUGCAGUUCCCAUGGAUAGGUGUUGUUAAUCGCUCUCAAGCCGACAUUAACAAAAACGUAGACAUGAUUGCUGCUCGGCGUAGAGAGCGUGAGUAUUUUGCUCAAACCCCGGAGUAUCAACAUCUUGCUGCUAGAAUGGGCUCUGAGCAUCUAGGGAAAGUUCUAUCCAAACAUUUGGAAGCUGUUAUCAAAUCUCGAAUUCCAGGACUUCAGUCACUCAUCAAUAAAACUAUUAUUGAGCUAGAAUCUGAGUUGAGCCGUUUGGGAAAACCCAUUGCAACUGAUGCUGGAGGAAAAUUGUACAUGAUUAUGGAAAUCUGCCGAAUAUUUGAUGGAAUAUUCAAGGAGCAUCUUGAUGGAGUUCGACCUGGUGGUGAUAAAAUAUACAGCGUCUUUGAUAACCAACUACCUGGUGCAUUGAAACGCUUGCAGUUUGACAAGCAUCUGGCAAUGGAAAAUGUUCGGAAAUUAAUAACUGAAGCUGAUGGUUAUCAACCUCAUCUUAUAGCACCUGAACAGGGCUAUCGUCGUCUCAUUGAAACUGCCUUGAUUACAAUCAAGGGUCCUGCUGAGGCCUCUGUCGAUGCGGUUCAUGCAAUACUUAAAGAACUAGUUCAUAAGUCAAUUAACGAGACUGUGGAGCUGAAGCAGUACCCUUCACUGAGAGUGGAAGUUGGAAAUGCUGCUGUAGAAUCAUUAGACAGGAUGAAGGAAGAAAGCAAGAGGGCAACUCUACAGCUAGUUGAAAUGGAAAACAGUUACUUGACUGUAGAUUUCUUCCGGAAGCUUCCUCAGGAUGUCGAGAAGGGUGGCAAUCCAACGCACUCGGUUUUCGAUAGAUAUAACGACUCCUAUCUUCGACGAAUUGGCUCAACUGUCUUGUCCUAUGUCAAUAUGGUUUGUGCAAGUUUGAGAAACUCAAUUCCCAAGUCUAUAGUUUAUUGUCAAGUCCGAGAGGCGAAGCGCAGCUUACUAGAUCAUUUCUUCGCCGAAUUAGGCAAAAAAGAGGCGAGACAGUUGGGUAAAUUAUUAGACGAGGAUCCGGCAAUUAUGCAGCGUCGUGUCUCUAUUGCAAAGAGGCUGGAGUUAUACAGAGCUGCUCAAUCAGAGAUUGAUUCUGUAGCCUGGUCCAAAUAGAUAGUUUAUAUACAUACAUACCCAUUAAUUACUCUUUGUCUUUAUUUUUAUUUAUUUAUUUCCCUUUCGUAUACGAACAUGCAGGAGUUGUUUAUUGAUAGAGUCUCAAUUCUUUUUA